ACCUGCACGUAAUAUCGCUAUCUAUGGGCAGAUAACACUGAAUACGCAUAUGUGCAGGCAGAGUCAACAGGUCGAUUCUUUUUACGCAAUGAAACCGAUGUGGGGGCCUUACAAAUACCCACGGGACGCGGCAGUUAGUAGCAGUCGCGCAGACUGGAAGCUUUUUAGCAGCAAACAAGUAAUAUCAGAUACAUUCUCCAAGCACAGCAGAUCUGCUGUAGUUAAUCUGCAAAAUGCAAGCUGUUCGUCAGUGCUCGCUAUGUGCCCGCGGCUCUGCUGGAGGAUUUCUGCGACAUCAGGCAGACAUGUCAGCGCUGCGGACCAAGAGCGUGCCCUGGAGAGGAGCACGCCUCCUAAGCAGUUCUGAGAGUGUCCUGUUCAGCUGUAGGAAGCCUGGAGUCCAGAAAAUGGAGGAAUGGAUAGACCCUGUGCACAUGAGCAUAGUGUCUUUAAGUGUUGGCCGGGAGAGUUGUGCUGUCCCUGUUACGCAGCAAGAGGAAACCCUUUCUCAUGACUCCCUGAUCAGAAGAGCAGCCUCAGUGGUUACAGACAGUUCAAGUACUUUCCUUUCUCAGACCACCUUGGCUCUCAUAGAUGCCCUUACAGAUUAUUCAAAGGCUGUACACACACGUAUUGCUCUCCAAAGAAGGUAUUUGGUCUCACUGGGAAAACUGACCCCAGCAGAAGAGGGUUCGCUCCAGCAGCUGAUCAAUAUCCAGCGUGCAAAGAUGAGCGACAGACUAGAUGAAUGCAAACGUUUUGAGUCAGCCUGGAUCAAUGCUGUCAGUCUGUGUAACAUGGCAGCUGAGGCAGCUUACACUUCAGGAAGUGAACAGGCAUCCAUAACUCUGAGAACAAGCAUUCAGGUGGCCCAGUCACAGGUCGAGGAGGCACAGAAAAUGUCAGCAGAUGCAGAUAAGAAAUUAGCUGAGACUAAAGUCGAAGAGAUCCAAAGAAUGGCGGAAUAUGCUGCCUUUCUAGAGGACAGUGAGGAGCAUGAGGUGCAUGAGGCCUAUCUACGAGAAGACUAAGACAAAAAGAGAGAUACUGGAAAAAAUGGGAAAACUGCACAUUAAAAUGCCACUGAUUUCAUAGUGAUAAGGAUUUGUUUAUGAAAACUUUGACCUUCCUUAUUUCCAUAGUCCUCUCUCCCUUUUUAAGCCUGUUGGAUCUUUACAUGCUUGAAUUUAUACAAAGUCAAAAGACGAUGAAAUGAAUUGGCAACAAUUUAUAAUUCUUUUAAUAAAUCAUUAUUUAAGACUAUUUAUUUGAUUACUAAAUGUCAGCUGCUGA